UCUUCCUCCCAGUCAGUCAGCAGUUUCCGGUACGUGGACAGCGGGUCUUUUUCCGGUGAGAGUCCAAACACGCAGACAUGCCUCUCGCGAAGGAUCUUUUGCACCCAACCCCCGAGCAGGAAAAGAGACGACACAAGAAAAAGCGUCUUGUUCAGAGUCCUAACUCCUAUUUUAUGGAUGUCAAGUGUCCAGGGUGCUACAAGAUCACCACAGUCUUCAGUCAUGCUCAGACUGUAGUUCUGUGUGUCGGCUGCUCCACGGUCCUGUGCCAGCCGACAGGAGGGAAAGCUCGCCUGACAGAAGGAUGCUCAUUCAGGAGGAAACAGCACUAACCUGAUCAGAUGGGGUUCGACAUCCUUGAGAAGAGUAAGAACUUGAUGGACAUCAAGUGACACUGCCAUAGAACUGAUGCAGGGAAUGGGAAUGGCUAAAUCAUGUAAUAUAAGAGGGAGUCUAUCUACUUAAUAUGCAGAAAAAUGCCUGGCCUUGUUGAGAGACCACCAACAGCUUAUAUGAUUCAUUGUUCACUUUAAAUAAAGUUUCAUUUGAUAAAUAAUCUCAUUAGGUAUCUUUCAACUCACCAUUUUAUCUGGAAAAAACACAGCUUUUGUCCGCUGGCAACCCUUUAAAGAUGACACGAUGCAUGUGGGGUUUCUGUUUGUCUUGCAUUUGUUUGCAUUACACCCUUCAUCAACUAAGUAAUGAUUUACAGGAAGGUGUGGUCAGAGAUGAGGCCCAGCACUAGAUGCAAAGUUCCUCUGGAAACAAGGGGGCCAGCUCUAGAAAAGGAAGCAAACUGUGGCUACGUCUCAAGAAAGUUGACUUGACUGCAGAGUUUUCUUGUGUAAAAAGGGCACUCUGCAUGAAUAAUUAUUAAUACAUUUCUUGUGUCUUAUGUUUUAAUGCCACAGUGAUGUCAGCACUAUAAAGUAGGCGAUGAUGUCAGUGGCAUCAGUGCAGGGUUCCCUCAGUCUGAAUGAGGGUCUAUUCAGGGAAGGACACUGUUUGCUCUGCUUUUUUUUAAAAAAAAGAA